ACAGUAAACCUACCGAGCAGAGCAUCGACUAUUUUGUAUUCGCCCAUUUUCAAAGACAGUAGCACGUGUUUUCUUGUUUUGAAUGCGUUGCAUUCCUACUCAUUAUUUUAGUUUGUAGUUAAAUAAAUUCCUAAACUAAACAGUCAUGUUGGCUCACGUGACCUGUAGCUCGCUUUGUAUUACCGUGAUCGCAGGCAUAGUCGUCGGUAUUUACUUCAUUAUCAUUCACCAUUUUCAUAAAGCGGCCCCCGUGGUUCCUGAUAACUCAACAUCCUUUGACAAUCAUGCUGUAUUGAACACUUCAGUUCUCUUGCCAUUAAUUUUAGAAAGGCACAAUUAUUCCACGACCUUUGAACUCAUCGAACCAUCAUCAUUCUCAACAUCAACAGUGUCGGCAUUUCCCAAGCCACAGAAAGAAAUACCACCGGAAUGUGCUUCUGCGACAUUCGCUUGUCAAGACCUCGAAAGUGCCAGAUUGUGCGGUUUGGUAAAGACAUGUGCUAAUGAUAUCUGGUCUACAAUGAGUGCACCUGAUGACAAUGAUGAAAUCUGUGAUAUAUGCAAAGAAAUGGUUAAAGAAGCUCGAGAUCAACUGCUCAGCAACAUGACUCAGGAGGAAAUCAAGGAAGUAUUUGAGGGAAGUUGUAAGCUUUUGCCUAUUAAACUUGUUGCAGAUGCUUGUAUUAAAGUUGUAGAUGAAAUUAUUCCUGAACUUGUUGAAAUGUUAGCAUCUAGAAUGGAUCCAAAUAUGGUGUGCACAGUGUCAGGAAUGUGCAACCCCGUUCAUUUGCCUGUUGAAAAUCAUAUUCUGAAAUAUUUUAAAAUGAUUUGGAAUAAACAUAAGGACAAUCAAUGCACAGAAUGUACAACAAUGAUAACAGACGUUCAAGUGUUUUUGAAAAAUACUCCUCAGGCUGAUGUUAAGACAGACAUUGAAAAACUGUGUGAUGAAAAGAUCCCAAAAUAUUUGUGUAAUCUCUUGGUGAAUGACUACUUCCCUGAAAUAUACAGUUAUCUUGUGACCAGUACUCCCCAACAAUUGUGUAGUAUUGCUGGUGUUUGUCCUCAGAAGUGUGAACCUAAUGAGCACACACCAACCUUGAAAGAUGAUUUAACAUGUGAAUUUUGUGAACAUGUCUUGCAGCACAUUAAAGACUUGGUAACGACCAACACAACUGAGGAGGAGUUCAGGACAGCACUGUUGAAUUUCUGUAAGCAUGUUGGAAAAUUUUCUGACAAAUGCACAUCGUUGGUCAAUGAUUACUAUGACAUGCUUUUUGAUUACAUCAGAAACUUGGAUACUAAAGGAAUGUGUACCUUGAUUGGACUCUGCAAUAAUGCCAAAUGCUCUACAGUGCCUCUUGUUAAGCUGGUUCCUGCCCAAGAAACCAGGAGAAGACUACCAUGGAUCCAGAUUGAUCCACCUGCGCCCAUAAGAAACAACAUUGACUCUAUUCCUUUGGUUAAAUUAGUUCCUGCUCGUACUGUUUCAAAGAAAGAAAUGAAAGAAUCAAACGAUAUUUUCCAACAACAACUUCCUUUAGACAGGUUGAUUCAUCCAUUGCCAGUUUUUGAAAAAGAUACUGAGUGUGCAUUUUGUAAAGCAAUAUCAUUUUACAUCCAACAAGAUCUAAAUGGAAAUACAAGCAAGGUUGCAGUUAGAGAGGCUGUAGAUGCAGUCUGUGAAAAAUGGGUUAAAGAUUUUCCAGACCAUUGUACUAAGUUUGUCAACAAAUAUGCCAUGAAAUUUCAAGUUGCAGUAGCCAAGGGUGUACGUUUUGAAGAUGUUUGUCCACAUAUGAAAGCUUGUCCCUUAGAAGAAAAUAAAUCAGAAUUAAACGUACAAGUUUUACCGAAAGUCAAAGAAUCUCCAUUUUGUGACUUAUGCAAAGAUGCUAUGAAUGCACUUGAGGAGCAACUUAGUGAUCCGUCUAUAAAGCAAAAACUUGAAAAUUUGGCUGAUCAAGCAUGCAAUGUAUUACCUAAAGAACUAAGAGAUGAUUGUAAUAGUUUUAUCAAGCAGAAUGUGGAUGCUUUAAUUGAUAUUCUUCAACAAGAAUUGAAGCCUGAUAACAUUUGCCCAGCUCUUGGUUUGUGCUCAGCCAAAACAAGAGUAACGCUUCCCCCUCGAAUCAAAGACUUAGAAUGUGAUGUGUGCAAAGAUGUUGUAUCAAAUCUUAGACAGAAAAUAGAAGAUCCAGGAUCUAAGAAAAUUGUUUUGACAUUCUUAGAGGAGGGUUGUGCUAGAUUACCUGGAUCUUUAGCCACUGAAUGCAGAAAAUUCGUUGAUGAAAACAUUGAUACUGUUGUUGCCAUGAUAAUUCAAGAGUUAGAUCCAGAUACUGUUUGUGCUAUCUUAAAUAUUUGCCCAGCUUCAUUGUUAUCGGUGCAAAAGGCGCCUGCCAAGGUAAAUGAUUUGGAAUGUGAUUUGUGUAAAGAAGUUGUUCAAAAAGUUGAAGAUAUGAUAAAAGAUAAAAAAACAGAAGAUGAAAUCAAAAAUGCUCUAGAUAAGGUCUGUUCUUAUUUACCAAAAUCUAUUGCUGAUAAAUGUGAAAAUUUUGUCAAUACUUACACCGAUCUGCUCAUCACUUUGCUUGCUCAAGAAAUGGAUCCAGCUAUGGUAUGCGCUUACCUAAAAGUUUGUCCAGAAAAAGAAAAUUUUACAGAAUGGCAAUCAAAAGCUAUAGAUGUUGAAUGCCAGGGCUGUCAAUAUCUUCUACAUUUUCUUCAGGAGCAGCUUAUGAAUACUGAUACUCAGGGAGAAGUAAAAAAUGUGUUGAAAAGGGUCUGUAAUAUCUUACCUGAAAAUUAUGCCAAAAACUGUGAAGCUUUUGUUGACGAAUAUGGAGAUUCUCUUUUGGUGUUAGUUGCUCAAGAAAUUGACCCUACUUCCAUGUGCAAUGCAAUGAAGUUUUGUGGAAACAAGACAUUGUUGAUUCCAGUUGCUCCUUUGCAUUCAUUUAACAUUGACGAAUGCUCAGUAUGUACUACUGUAGUGGAUUAUCUUGACAAACUUCUAGAAGAAGAUGAUGUUGAUAAAGAGAUCACUCAAGUUAUUGAAAAAGUCUGUUCUGUAUUGCCAUCAUCAUACCAGGCUAAAUGCACUUCUAUUCUUGAAACAUAUGGUCCUUGCAUUUUACAAAUGAUUGGACAACUGGCCGACAGUAAGCAGGUUUGCCAGGAUAUUGAAUUGUGCUCCAGACCCGCUGGACAAGUACACUUAGUCGGUGGAAACAAAUGUACAUUUGGGCCAUCCUACUGGUGCAAGUCAGCACUUCAUGCAUCAGCAUGCAAAGCUGAAGAAUACUGCAAAGAAAAAGUUCUCAAUAACUAGAACAUUUUUGAUCUCCCGGAUUUGUUCAUUUAGGUUAAGAAAACCUGUUUUAUUUACGACUGUAUAGUAGCUAUGCACCAAUUUGUUAUUGUUUUUAUCUUGCCAAGACUGUUGAACUAUAUUUUUUAUUCGCUCAAACUAACAUUUGCAGCUAGACUUGUGCAUAGCAAAUAAAACAACUUUUGUUUAUAGCUUUUGUAUUUAAGUCUUAUUUUUAAGUGAUAAGUUAUUGGCUUUUAUGCAGCGUGUGUCAUUUGUAUUGUACAGUUAAUGAAAUAAAUAUUUAAAUUUGUA